UUUCAACAGAAUGCAGAUCUCUUGAAUGGGCUGUAUGUUUUGAACCAUGACUACAGCAUCAACAAUCGGCCAGUCUACGAGCAGCCUUGGGACGGUGGUUCGUUUUUCUACUGGCCGUCAGCGACGUCGUCACAAGUUCGAUUUUGCGGCAACAAAGAGACUUACCUGCAGAAAUGCAACAAUGGAGCGCGGUACAUGGAUGGGGAGGCGGAAGUUCCGCAGGGGAGUUUCGUUCCCGAGGGUCCCGUCAGAGCUCGCGAAGUAUGCGAUGGCCUUUGGUCCGGAACCACGGUAACGUUCGAGGCUAACCGAAGGGGAGUGCCCAGCGACGCACGCAUCCUCGUUAACGAGUCCUAUUUUCGCAACAUCAUCCAUCAUCUCCAAUCGUACGAGCCAGAAGAGGUUGAGAAAAACAAGCUGUGCAUGCACGAGCAGACGGGGUGCUGUUUGUGUGCUUUUGACGAGAUGAAGGAGGCAUUGGUCGAGGAGCUGCGCAAAAAGUUGUGCGUGCCCAUCCCUGAUCUGCCCGACCGAAGGCAGAUUAAUGCAAAUUUGAACGCAGUCGUUUACAAGCCUUCGUUUCAGCAGAUGUUCCAGGAGAAGAUAACGCUGUACAAGGGUGGGGCAAUACUGGUGCCGAAUGAAGCAGAAAACAGUAACGCAGUGUACGAUCCGGAAUUGCUGGACAACGUCCGCCACUUUUUGCAGUUCGGGGAGGGGAGAGCUACUGAAACAGAGGAUCAGGGCGCCGUGCGACAAGUAGUGGCAACCUUGAUCGAGGCCGGAGACCUGCACCAACCGAAGCAAUUUGCGGGGACCUACGCCUGGGUGGGUGACAAGGCGCAGGACUUCUACCUCGCGCUGGCAAGCGCGCACGCGGGCGGGGAGAGGCUCUCCCCCGGCCAAAUCGACCCGAUUCGGCAGCAACUGUUCUGCACGAAGACUCUUGGCGCGGGGCUGGGGCGAGAAGUUGCGGAACGACGCGAAGAGCAGUUGGGACGGAAGGUUUGCGCGGACGGGGAAUCGGGCGACAUUUUCCGUGGCCUUCAGCACAUCAUGAGGGGACAGAAGUAUCCAGAUCCGAAUGCUUUCGGCGUGUACCGCCCCGUUUCCGAACUGGUCCAGCGGUCGAUCGCAGCCGCGCAAGCGAGCAGAAGCAGCAGUUUCGCAGCAGCUCCAUAUGGCGCUGCGGGAUACGGGGCUCCAGGCACGAGAUAUCAUAAAACAGGGAGUGGUGCGAAGGGACAAGGGAAGAAUGGGAAAAAUCACUACUGGAGCAAAGAGGGCGUCGAUGGUUACUAUCACAGCGGCAAAUGCAAAAAAGGCGGUGGCAAAGGGAAGAAGCCGUGGUCCACCGUUGGACAUCGAUUCGAGUAAUCCGUUUCGGGAGGGCUCCGUGAUGAGCAGGAGGCCGCAGAUGAACGAUUUGGUGCUGUCUGCAUUCACAACUUCUUCACUUCGUUUGUGCUACUACGCAACGACUUUCAAAUUAUCCGGUAUGAACACGAACUCCGAUUGACAAGACCGCUUGUUACGCGGGUCUUUUCCUUCCUCCUCGAUGAAAAAAGAGAUUGAGUAUCUAUCAGGCGAGAAAAGCAGAUACAAUCUGCUCGAAAGGGACAAAAGUACAAAAGACGAGUCGUGUCCCUAAGAUUUUCUUGUCGAGCUAGACGUCAUGGUUCACUACAAAAAGUGCAGGGAGGGUGCUUUCUUGGGGAAUUGAAAACAUUACAUAUCCAGAAGAGCGCUGAAACCGAAGUGAAGAGUGCGCGUCGGUGCCCGGAGCGAGAGAUAUUUUUUCUCGAGACCCUGACGCUCUGAGACCCAAACCAGCGAAACACGACGGCAGCGGGGUUUUUUUUGUGUUUCGAAUGACGGGAAAAAAA